AAGUGGGUAACAUUUUAGCUGCCCCUCCCUCAUUAUUCUCUCAUCUCAAACUCAAACUCUCUCUAGGUGCUUUGUUGUUGAACUGUUAACCAUGCUUUCUCUACCAUGGAAACCCAUUGCAAUGACUGUAGCUUUGCUUCAGCUGUAUUUUCUCAAAGAAGCAGAAUCAUUUCCUUCUCUUCUCGAUAGAAUUAACCAAUUACCUGGUCAGCCUCCAGUUGCUUUCCAGCAAUAUUCAGGUUAUGUGACCGUUGAUGACAAAAGCCAGAGAGCUCUGUUUUAUUACUUUGCUGAAGCUGAAGUGGAUCCAGCUUCCAAGCCUCUUGUUCUCUGGCUAAAUGGAGGGCCUGGUUGUUCUUCUUUAGGCGUAGGAGCAUUUUCUGAAAAUGGGCCAUUUAGGCCUAGUGGGGAGGUGCUGGUCAAAAACCAAUAUAGCUGGAAUAGAGAAGCAAAUAUGUUAUAUUUGGAGACACCAAUUGGAGUUGGAUUCUCUUAUGCAACAGAUACCGCGUCUUAUGAGGCUGUAAAUGACAGGAUCACAGGCAUGGACAAUCUGGUGUUCUUGCAAAGAUGGUUUGAGAAAUUCCCACUAUAUAGGAACAGAAGUAUGUUCAUCACAGGAGAGAGCUAUGCCGGUCAUUAUGUUCCCCAACUAGCAGAACUCAUGAUUCAAUUCAACAUGAAGGAGAAGUUGUUCAAUUUGAAAGGCAUUGCUCUAGGUAAUCCAGUUCUAGAGUUUGCCACAGACUUUAAUUCGAGGGCUGAGUACUUCUGGUCUCAUGGACUGAUAUCAGACUCAACAUACAAAAUGUUCACAUCUGUUUGUAACUAUUCGCGAUAUGUGAGCGAAUAUUACAGAGAUACUAUUUCUCCUGUUUGCUCAAGGGUGAUGAGCCAAGUGAGUAGAGAAACCAGUAGAUUUGUGGACAAAUAUGAUGUUACGCUUGAUGUCUGUGUGGCAUCUAUUUUUUCACAAUCCAAAGUCCUAAGUCCCCAGGACGUUACUGAGACAGUAGAUGUCUGUGUAGAAGAUGAAACAGUCAAUUAUCUAAACAGGAAAGACGUACAAAUGGCUCUUCAUGCACGUCUUGUAGGAGUACGUCAAUGGGUAGUUUGCAGCAAUAUUCUUGACUAUGAGCUGCUUGACUUGGAGAUACCAACAAUCUCAGUCGUGGGAAAACUCAUUAAGGCAGGAAUCCCAGUCUUGGUUUACAGUGGAGAUCAAGAUUCUGUCAUCCCUUUGACUGGAAGUCGAACAUUAGUUCACGGACUAGCAGAGGAAUUAGGACUGAAAACCAGUGUGCCUUACAGAGUCUGGUUUGAAGGGCAACAGGUUGGUGGGUGGACUCAAGUUUAUGGAAAUAUUCUUUCAUUUGCCACUGUUAGAGGAGCAUCCCAUGAAGCUCCAUUCUCACAGCCUGGGAGAUCACUUGUGCUGUUCAAGUCAUUUUUAAAAGGCCAGCCUCUUCCAGAAGCAUUCUGAUCAACUGAUCUGUUUUUUUAUCAGAUAGCAUAUUGAGUUUGUAAGUAAUGUUUGAUUGCAAAAGGCUAAUCAUCUGAGAGUGAAAACUGCAUUUGUUUGGUUGUUGGGUCCUAGGGUUUGUCCAUGCUGUGGAUUGUAGAAGAAUUUUGUAAAGAUCUCAAAGUAAAAGGGAAAAGAAGAAGUGUUUAUUGGUCAUUUUUUGAUGCUAUAUGUUUGUAACACAGAUUUAAAUAAUUGAUCUGUUCAAAAAUUUAUGAGAAAUACAAGAGAAUGUAAGAUCAGCAUAAA